AUGGUGGGCCCUAGAAGCACUGCCACCCAGCUGCAGAGGCAUGGGCGGAGAGCGGUGGAGAGGGAUGGGGAGGGGUGGGGAGUGGUGGAAAGGGGUGGAGAAGGGUGGAGAACGGUGACAUUCAUCUCUCUCCGGAUUGGUUACAUUCAUCAACUUCCACCCUCCAAAACGGUUACAUCCGUCGCGGAGGACGGGCUUGCGAGGCAGUUCAUGCUGCAGGUGGACGGGCUGGGGAAGAUUGAUUUGAUUUCAGAGGUGAAGUGGUGGUAUUUGGACGAGCAACGGGUGAAGCGGGGGGAGAGUGAGGCGCUGCGGACGAGUGUGGCGAUAGAUGGGGAUGAGUGGGUGGAUGAUAAGCAGUUCAUGGCAUGGGUGCAGGGCACGAGGAGGAAUGCAGAGGGGUUCAGGAGGAGGGUGAUGAGUCUGAGGGGGGGGAGGCUGGCGGCGGUGCUGACGAGGGAGAGGGACGCUGGGAGCAUUGUGGACGGGCUGGCACAGGCUGUUGCCAGCGUGCUGCAGGCGCUACGUCCUUCCUGCCAGUGCGCGCAAGGACGCUGCUCCCAAGCUCGCCCAAGUGCUGGAACAGCAGCAGUGGCACCCUCCUGCCCCUGCCUGGCCUUCUUGCCAAUUUCUGGGCCAGCAGUGAGGCCAUCCGUCUUCCCCUGCCCCUCACUGUGA